AUCCCGUCAUCACGGCUUGGCUGAGGAAGUGGGUUUUAGCUGAGACUGCCAUCAAGAAGACCAUGUCCGUAGAGGAGAUGCAGGAGGACUUGCGGCGGAGGGUAGUUGGCGCGAUGAAACAUGGCCUGCCGGUCCACGUAGCCAUGGCGAACAGUGCUGUGUCCUUUAAGGAAAAGUUCUGCUCAGAGAAAGGCCUCCCCGCAUGCUUUUUCAAAGUCAAGGAGUUCAAAGGCGAGACCGAGAAGGAUGUGAAAGACCGUCCUUAUCGAAAGAUGGUGAAGGAUGAAGAUCUCAAAGACUGGCCUGGCAUGCCUGGGUACAUCAAGGAAGGCUUUCAUGUGGUGGUCACCACGGAUUUCAGCAUGGAAAACUGCAAGGAGUUUCUGACGGAUGCGCUGCCUUUCCUAGAAGAUAUGGCAAUCAUUGAGAUUGACCUAGCGUCCUUCACAUGAUUCGGCUUGGGCACGUUUCAUCAACUUUUUUUUUAGAGUGAAACAUAAGCUGAAGUGAUG